AUGAAGAAGCUCUCUGGCUGGAGAAAGACGGCUCUUUACCUUACCAUUCUCGCAACAAUCCUCACGACCUUCCUAGUCACAGCUCUUAUCAUAUCCCUUCAUGUCAUCAACGGCGGCGGAGCAUCUAUCUUUGGAGAAACCGCAAUCCUGAGCGGUUCAUGCGAUAGAGUCUCACGUGCAAAUCUAUGGAUCCAUCUCGCCAUCAACGUUAUCGGAACAGGCGUCCUCGGCUCAUCAAACUUCUUCAUGCAAGUCCUCGUUGCUCCAACGAGGCAUGAUGUCGAUCGCGCCCAUGCUUCAAAGCGCUGGGUAGAAAUUGGCGUCCAUUCCAUUCAUAACUUUCGCUUUCUUUCGAAGCGUCGGGUUUUCCUUUGGGCGCUCUUCUCCCUUACCAGUAUUCCUCUACAUUCGGUCUUCAACGGUUCUGUCCUCGAGUCCAAGGCUACGAAUGGAUUUGUGGCCAUCAUGGUCUCGGAGACUUUUCUCAAUGAUGCAAGAUUUACCCUUCCGUCUGUGACGACAUCAUCUAACUACACAUAUGCUCUAAACAGUGAGAGCACCCCCAACAAAACUAUCAGGAGUAUCAAGAGUUCUCUAAAUGAAGAGUCCUGGGAACGCUUAGAAUUCCAAGACUGUAUGCGACGCUAUAAUGAUCUUGAAGUCCUCAUGCUGAAUCACCGGCAUGUCGUUAUGGUCAUGAGCAAUCAGAACAACACGCCUAGCUCUCAAUGGACUCGAGCCAAUGUUGUCAAAGAAGAUAAUGGCUGGGACGACCAAGAUGCACCAAAUUCCCUCUGGUUCGCAGGCCGGUACAAUCGGUUCAAAAAUUCACGGGGUCUCAUCACAAAUUCUACGAAUAAUAAUACAGUACUUGGUUACUAUAUGCAGCUCGACCCAGACACUGGAGCCCUCUACAUGAACGAAACAAAGUAUGAGCCCGCAUUUCGAACUAUGAAGGUUGACUAUUGUCUCUCCGAAAUCUUUCACGCUCCCUGUCGACUGAGCAUUGUACAUCCUCUUCUUCUUAUUGUCUGCAUCAUGUGUAUCUCCAAGUGCCUAUUAUGUUCUUAUACCUUGAAAGUCAGAUCUUGGAGUACUGAAGAGCCUCUCAUGACUGUCGGGGACGCAAUUUCUUCUUUCAUUGCCAAGCCGGAUACUUGCACAAAGGGAAUCUGCACACUCGAUGCUGAGGACCUGCAUAUGAAACUUAAUCCAGAGAGAGCACUCGGCAGCUCGCGGCCAUGGAAGAAGAAACAGGUGUUAGCUGGGAAUGCAGUAAACCCGGGGAUUUGGAUCCUUUCUUACAUGCUUAUCGGAAGUCUGUUAGUUCUUGGAGGGCUCCUCCUUGCACCUGCGCUGCAGACGCAGUCUUUGCGAGAGUCGCGAUUCGCACAUCAUCAGAAAAACGCCGACGUCAACGAUGUGGGGCUCAAGUCAGCAUCACUGCUUGGUCUUACCAUGAUAUCUAAUACACCUCAACUCCUAUUAUCUCUAUGUUACAUGACGUUGAAUGGGUUGAUAACUCGAAUGCUUGCCGAGUUGGAAUGGGCUAGCUAUGCGGUUAGCUUCAAGGCUUUGAGGGUGACUAACCCUAGGGGUGACCAACGAUCAACAUAUCGACUGCAACUCCCUUACCGCUGGUCCAUUCCACUACUUGCAAUUAGUAGUAUACUGCACUGGGUUUAUUCCAACUGCUUCUAUUUGAGUAACUACGAAUUCUAUGACCCCAUGAUACCUUAUAAAAUCGCGGAAAUUGAUCGCGGUCUUCAAUUCUCAUCCGUGGCCAUUUUGAUCGGAUUUUCUAUAUCAGUAGUAAUCGCGCUGAGUCCUAUGAUUCUAGCAAAGCGCCAUCUGCCAGGCCAGAUGGUCCUAGGAGGAAGCAACUCCAAGGUCAUUUCGGCUGCUUGCCACUGCAUCCCCAUCAGUCCGAGCCAUGCAACAGGAAAAGCCGGCGCGAUUACUGUUCAUCCCUUGGAGAUAUCGGAAAGCGGGGGCAGCCCUUUGGAUUUGAUGAAGACAAUGAAACUGAGAUGGGGAGAGGUAUCAACAAUAAAUGCAGAGAGCGAGAUUGGUCAUCUUGCAUUUGGAGUUGAGGAGCAGGGAGUCGCAGCACCAAUCGAGGGAAAACACUACAGUGGAAGAGCUUGUGAUUCUUGA